AAGUCCGAAUCUCGACAUAAAUCUCACUAGCAACUCUUUUUUAUACGUACGUCACUGUCCGUGGUGGUCAGUUUACACUUUACGCAUAGAUUUCUCAUAAUCUUGCUGCUGCGGUGGAAUAGGAGGGUCCACGGUGCGGAUCGGUGCGGUGUGGAGUGGAAGAGAAGGCGGUGAGUCAGUGGUACAGCAAUCGAGGGCAGGGCGGUACAAGGGAAGAAAACGCAGCGUUGGAGCGCGCCGCGCAUACGGAAGGGAGCCGCUAACUGACAGCCGGAGAGGAACGAGGCGCCCCGCUCGGCUCACUGGCGGAGAGGAGCAGGAUAAUCUUUCCUCCUCACACCCGUCUCGUCAAAGGCUUCUCUGUGAUCCAACUGGCGCAAAUGGGCUACGGGAGGCUCUAUCCACCAGCGGGUUUGGCAUGAAAGCUUUUCCGACGCGUAAACAAGUAGGAGAAGGGGAAAAGAGGACACCGCUGCUUUACGACUUCAUCCAAAUUCACUUCAAAUAAACGCACUCCAACUUGGUCAGCCUUCUUAACUCUCUUCUUACGAAGUGGACCGAGAAAAUAUAUACAUAUAUAUUUUGGAGUAGAAACUGUGCUCCUACUCUUGGGAUCAUUUGUAGCUUUCUUCGUUUAUUUCCAUCGCAAUCUUGAUGCAUGUAAAGCAUGCUGGAAGCAAGUAAAAAAAAAAAAAAAGAUUGCACCCUUCAAAUAAAACACGUGUGUUGCCCUAUUGAGAUGGAAUUAUGAACGGACGCUGAGGAAACUCCGGGGAGGAAUUUAAAUCUCAAUUUGGUGCGCAAUUUGUGCGGCUGAAGAACUUGCAAUCCUUAUUAGUAUUUUCGUUAUUUUUUUUUCUUUUUCCCAUGGAGUAGGCUUGAAUACCAGGUAUUGACUUUGACAGGUACAUAUUAAUGUGAAAAAAAUAAUAAGAUAAAGUGGGUUUAUUCUCUGACGCCCGGAAAAGACGGAUCUGAUGCGCACCUUCUCCGUGGGAUGGUAAAUGACCGAUGGGGAAUCAUGAAUACCUCUUCUGAACUCGAAGAUGGAACUCGGCAUAAAAACCAGACGUUCUGUGAAUGUGUGCCCAGCUCCUCUCAACUCAAACAUCGCUGGUCAGACUCAGAAACCGCCAGGGAGACUCCGGCCAAGAGGAUGAGCUGCAGCUACCUGCUCUGCACCAUCCUGCUCUUCGUGGCCGUUCUGUUGGCCGUCACCGUAACUGGCACCAUCCUUUUCAUGAACCACUACCAGGCCCCGCCCAUGUCUGACGGCCUACCCCACAUUUCCACCAAUCAGGAUGAAGCAAACGCCCUGGUCACCGUGGAGAGGGGCGACGGCUCUCGUAUCAACAUCUUCAUUGACCCCAACUGUCCCGACUAUAACAGCAACUUCAUGCGGCUGGAGGGUGUGCAGACCUCACUGCUCCACUCGCUGACUGACCACGACUCUGACCUGAAGUCGGUCAAAGGUCAGGACAGGGCCCUGCUGGUCAGUCUGGCCGAGGAGGUGGCCAAGCUGUCAGCCCAUGCAGGACAGCUGAAAAUGGACUAUGAGUCUCUGCGCCGGGGGCAGAGCAGUCUUGGUCAGGACCUGAAUACUCUACAGACAGAACAAGGACGCCUCAUACAGCUGCUGUCGGACAGCCAGAUCAACAUGGUGAAGGUGGUGAACUCCGUCAGCGAUGCUCUCAAUGCCAUGCAGAAGGAGAACGUGGGACUGAAGGCUCGGGUCAAGGCCGAUUUACAAAGAGCGCCGGUUCGAGGUGCUCGACUCAAGGGCUGUUCCAAUGGCUCUCGCCCCCGCGACUGCGGCGAUCUGUACGCCAGUGGUCAGAGAGAGGACGGCAUCUACUCCGUGUUUCCCGUUCACCACCCUACGGGCUUCCAGGUCUACUGCGACAUGACCACGGACGGAGGAGGAUGGACGGUGAUUCAGCGCAGGGAGGACGGCUCGGUUAACUUCUUCAGGGGAUGGGAGUCAUACCGUGAAGGAUUUGGCAAAAUCACUGGAGAACACUGGCUAGGGUUGAAGCAGAUUCAUGCCCUGUCCAUCCAGGGGAACUAUGAGCUGCGCAUCGACUUGGAGGACUUUGAAAAUAGCACAGCGUACGCCCAUUACGGCACCUUCGGUGUGGGUCUCUUCUCGGUGGACCCUGAUGAUGAUGGAUACCCUUUGACAGUUGGAGACUAUUCUGGCAACGCAGGUGACUCUCUUCUGAAGCACAACGGCAUGAAGUUCACCACCAAAGACAGGGACAACGACCACUCUGAGAACAACUGCGCCUCGUUCUACCACGGCGCCUGGUGGUACCGAAACUGCCACACAUCCAACCUCAACGGCCAGUACCUGCGUGGCCAGCACACCUCCUACGCCGACGGCAUCGAGUGGUCCUCCUGGACCGGCUGGCAGUAUUCCCUCAAGUUCUCGGAGAUGAAGAUCCGUCCCACCCGUGACCCCGACAAUAAAUAAAACUCAUAAAAAGGAGGAAGAGGAGAAGACGAGAUGUUUUUGGAUCAUUCAGAAGAAAUAUAUAUAUAAAAAAAAAAAAAAA